AUGUUUGUAGUUACCUUUGUGCUGUGCCGACUGUACCUUGGCAGGAUAAACGAGGGGGUGAAGAAGCUAGCGCACAGCCGCGCCGUCGGGGAGGCCGUGGGUGUCCACGCCCGGACCGUCCGGAAGUGGGUGACGGAUUUCUGCAAGGACGGCAAGUUCGUUGUUCCCCAUCGAGAGUACGUGAAGCGGCAGCCCUUCUGCUAUAUCGACGACGAGGAUAUCAGAGAACAGUGCCGGGAAUACGUCGACGAGCGGAUUUACCGUCGGAAGAAGGGGCAACCUCGCUUUCGGGUCGCCGACUUUCAAAGGUGGGUAAACACCGUGUGCCUUAAGGAGGAGUUCGCCGGCGGUGGGGGCAUUUGCCGCAGCACAGCGCACGUCUGGAUCGCCCAGCUCGGAUUCAGGUGGCGGCGACACGGCAAGUGCGUGUACGUCGACGGCCACAACCGACCGGACGUUGUACAAGCAAGGAGGUUGUACACGGAGAAGAUGUUCGUCAUGCGUCGCUUGAUGUCCAUCCCGGAAAAAGUCGAAACCGUGGUGAUGGUGAAGGUCCGCGACGCGCGUGAUCGGGAGAAGACGUCAACGGACGACAGACGAGACGACAACAUCACCGCUGCGGUCGCUUGUGCGGAGCCGGUGCUCUGGCCGGCAGUACGAACGAUGCCCGACGGCGGGGUGGACUUCAAGCACGUUCUCGUCUACGGCGACAAGUUCACGGAGGCAACGGGCCACGACCGCUGCUGCACCCGUGUCUCUGUCGACGCGGGCGACCUGGAGAUGACCGGUCGGGGGGGGCACUACACCCUGGUGCCUGAUCGUGAAGUGCAGGAGUGCUACAAGGCGGAGAGGGUCAAGGAAGAGGCGCUCUUCUGGCCGGCGAAGCGUGUGGUGGCUGGCAAGGAGGAGUACAAGCACGUUCGCGUCCGCGACGGAGAGCAAUUGCGCGGGAGGAACUGCAAGCGUGUGGGAGAGUUCAACUGGAUCUCUGCCGACUGCGACUGCCACGACUGCAAGCGAACCCCAUUCGUCGACUCCUCGCGGGUGCCGUUCAACCGGCGCGACUUGUCCGCAAGUGACGGGCAAGGAGACUUCUGCCUACUCCCUGAUCACGAGGUGUUGGCCCUUUAUUUUCACGACGAAACGACGGCGAAGGAGAACGCCGAUGGCGGCUGCCAGUGGAUGGAUGGUCAAAAAGGAGCCGCCAUCAAGAAGAAGGGGGAAGGGCGGGCCGUGCACGUGUCUGACAUCAUCGGCGUGGACAGAGGCGUUGCGGUGAUCGGGAAGGAGGCCUGGGGCAUGAUGCAGGAAGACAAGAGCGUCGGGUACGCUCCGGCGGUUGAAGUCAUCGCGCAAGGGCCCGCUACCGGGGACGGGGACGUGUCUGAGUGUUUCGUAGUCCGUCAACGCUACGAGCGAUCUGGGAUCUACUUCGGCAGGAAGGAGGGCGACGGGGAGGAUGGCCACGCCGUCAAGUUCGUACAGGAUGCGGUGGAGUUGUUGAAAGCGAUGCCAGCUGACUGCGGAGUGACCAAAACCAAGAACGACCCGCGCACCGGGGCGGUUAUCAUGACCGUGGGGCAAAACUCGGACGGGUACUGGACCAACGACAGAAUGUGCAAGCAGAUUCCGGGGUUGAUCGCCAUCCACGAGCUGACGAGUGAGCCCCACCGCCCAAUGGUGAUGGUCUUCGACAACUCCACGGGGCACGCCGCGUAUGAGGAAGGCGCACUGGUGGCUAGCCACAUCCAAAAGAAGCCGGGCGGGGGGCAGCUGGAGGAGGAAGAGAGGGAGGCGGCGAAAAAGGAUCCAAAAUACAAGAGGCCCAAGUUCGGCAGCAGCCUUGGAGACUUCAAAGCGGGCGAAAAAGUACGGACUACCGGCCGUACCUCAGGCCUGAUCGGCCAGGCGAAAGGCGGACAGCAGCUGCUCAUGGAGUUGGGCUUGUGGUACGUUCCUGGCCAGGCUCCCAUUCGGGUUCUCGAGUGCAAAGCGUGCAAAGAGGAAAGGAAGGCAAUAAAGGCAGCAAUAACCGCGUUCAACCGCGGCGGAGAGGCACGGCAGCAGGCGUUGGAUGAUGCUGCGCGCGAAGACCAGGACGGUGGAGGAGACGGUGCCUCGCCAGAGGAGGGGACAGAAGGCGGGGCGGCUGGCAACCGUGUCGGCAUGAGGCGUCGCUGCUGCAUUAGGAAAGUUUUUGCAGAGCUCAAGGCGUUCAAGAUGGAGCUCAACAAGAUCGAAAAUAUGUUCAAGAAAGCGGGGCACAUCUGCAUAUUCUUGGCGAAGUAUCACCCAGAGCUCAACGCCAUCGAGCGGUACUGGGGAUACGUCAAGCACCUCCUUCGCCUCUCCUGCGAGUACUCUCUCCCGCAUAUGCUUGAGAUUCUGCCAGGCGCCUUGAGUGGCGUCCCGCUGGGGUUUGUUCGCGGGUGGAGCAGGGUGACGUGGCUGUAUCUCGAGGCCUACGACGAGGGAUUGGUGGACUACCUCGAGGUCCGCGACCUCAAGAAGUGGUUGAGCCACCGUUCCCCCACGGAGAGGGGUGACUCCGUGGUUCUGGCGAGGGCAGGGGCAGGGAAGACGGAGGAGGAGAAGAAGAAAGCAGAGGAGAAGGCGCUAGCAGCCGCGCAGGAGCUGCGUACUGAGUCGAUUAAGAGGGCGAAAAAAAAAUUCAAAUCGUUCAAGCACAAAAGGGCGCUGCUCUCGCUGUGCGAAAAGCGCGAGCUGCGCCCGCGGUCGCGGUCGCCUUUAACUUUGAAGGAAGCGUUUAGGUUGUUGGUGAGAUUCCUAGGAAAAUAA